UGUAAACCGUUGGAUUGUAGAGUGAUAUUAGAAGAAUUAUUCGUAUCCGUCGGAAUUUACCUACAAUUUGCAAUUUCAUUUGGGUUUAGCCUUCAUAAUAAAUAUUUAUAAAAAUGGAAAACGAGUUCGAUGAUCCCUUUGCGGAUGAUGAGACCAAUGCGGAUCGUUUCGUCAUUUAUGUAAAUAAUAGGCAAAAAGAAAUUAAGAACUAUCAAAUAGAUCCUGUAAAUCACGAGACUAUUGUCUACAUCUCAACAAGAGGUAAGAAAUGGAUACCACCGGCAGAACCAGUCGGUGAAGAUCGUUUAGAAAAUGACAAUUACUUUAAUGCAGCUCCAGCGGAUUUCCCAGCAGGUAUAUUAAGCCGCUCAUAUGACCCUAUAACUGGUGUAUACAUUGUACAUCCUCAGCUAGCAGUUGCUGAGUCAGCGGAGCCAGAAGAUGAGGAGGAUUACUGUGAUUCAGACGACGACGAUCUAAAUUCUGUAUAUUCUCUUGAUGAAAAUAAUGUUAACCAAAAACGUUCGUUUAAUAAGCGUAUAUAUACGCGUGUACUCGAGAUGAACGCAAGAGUAGAUGACCUUCAGGAGGAGAUUGAAAAUAAUCUGAAAAGUCUUGUGGAAGAGACCAAUAGAAACGUUGAAUUUCAAGAUCGCAUUACUGCGCUGAUAGAUGGCUUAAUGCGUGUAUGGCGUCGGACGGAAUCACGAGACCGAUAAUGACGGCUUUAAAUGUUAGUUGUAACAACGAAUAUACAUACAUACA